GGGGAGCAUCCGGGAGGCAGCAUCUACCUCCAGAGAAUGAAAACGGCAGGAACCUGAGCAACCGCCUGUGGCAUUAACCUCUCCAGAGGUACGAGCCAGGGACAGCACUCCGAUCACCCUAGGAAAUUUCCCCACAAGAUUGGAUGAUAACGUAUUCUUACCCUUGACUUUAACUUUCCAUUCAUAUUUCCAAUACAGAACAAUCGAGACCUGGGGCCUGGAGGGAAGGUGAGCAUUCGGCCUGUUCACUUUGGUCACCUGGCAGAGACCGGCUUUUGAGAAGCAAUGCUGGCAAGGGCCUUCAUCCUGUUGGCGCUCUUUGCAGAAGCCUCGGCAAAAUCAUGCAUUCCAAAUAAAGCAGAUGUCAUCCUUGUGUUUUGUUACCCUAAAACCAUCAUCACUAAAAUCCCCGAGUGUCCCUAUGGCUGGGAAGUCCAUCAGCUGGCACUCGGGGGGAUGUGUUACAAUGGGGUCCAUGAAGGUGGCUACUACCAGUUUGUCAUCCCAGACCUGUCACCUAAGAACAGGUCCUACUGUGGAACCCAGUCUGAGUACAAGCCCCCCAUCUACCACUUCUAUAGCCACAUUGUGUCCAACGACAGCACGGUGAUUGUGAAGAACCAGCCUGUCAACUACUCCUUCUCCUGCACCUACCACUCUACCUACCUGGUGAACCAGGCUGCUUUUGAUCAGAGAGUGGCCACUGUUCAUGUCAAGAAUGGGAGCAUGGGCACAUUUGAAAGCCAGUUGUCCCUCAACUUCUACACUAAUGCCAAGUUUUCCACCAAGAAAGAAGCUCCUUUCAUUCUGGAAACAUCCGAAAUUGGUUCAGACCUGUUCGCAGGAGUAGAAGCCAAAGGGCUAAGCACUCGGUUUAAAGUAGUCCUGAAUAGCUGUUGGGCCACCCCCUCAGCGGACUUCAUGUACCCCUUGCAGUGGCAGCUAAUCAAUAAGGGCUGCCCCACUGAUGAAACAGUCCUCGUGCAUGAGAACGGCAAGGAUCACAGGGCAACUUUUCAAUUCAAUGCCUUCCGGUUCCAGAACAUCCCCAAACUCUCCAAGGUUUGGUUACACUGUGAGACAUUCAUCUGUGACAGUGAGAAGCUUUCCUGCCCAGUGAACUGUGACAAACGGAAGCGUAUGCUACGUGACCAAACAGGGGGUGUCCUGGUUGUGGAGCUGUCCUUGCGGAGCAGGGGACUUUCCAGUCUCUGUGACUUCUCAGAUGUUCUUUAUCACCUCAUCCUGAUGUUGGGGAUCUGCGCUGUGUUAUAA